GUAUGAAUGCAUUAAGUAUAAUAUAUAUAUAUGACAGAUACAUCUAUUUGACAAGAUCGCAUCGUACUUAUUGCAAUUAUUUUAGAACGUAUGUAGUCAGUUUAACUAGAAGCAGAAGUGUAAAGUUUAACAUAAUUCAGUAUUUUUUCUAAUUUUAUUUUGCAUAAAAGAAUGUCAAAAUAACAUUUUGAUGUAAUUUAUAAAAUAUUUUUCUCAAAACUAUUAUUAUAGUAGUAAAAUAUUAAUAUUUUAAUAGUGUAGAAAUGAUAGAAUAUUUUCUAACCUUCAACCUAAUUAUUCAAAAGAUAAAUAAUACGUUUUAAAAUUAAGAUUUAAAAAGAAUUGACAUUUGCUAUAGAAUUAUUAUAAAAUAUAUAAAUAUUUUUAUGAUUUAAUCAAUAUAUUUUUAAUUAUAAAUAAUAAUGGAUGAUCAACAAUUAAAUAAUUUAAUUAAAUGGUUAGAUACAUUUGAUCUCCAAGGUUCUCAUUCAACUGCUGAAGAUAUAAGUGAUGGUGUUGCUUUAGCAGAUGUUUUAGCUCAAAUUGCUCCUGAAUGGUUUACUGCUGCUUGGAGAGCAAAAAUUAAAACUGAUGUUAGUUCUAAUUGGCGGUUAAAAGUUAGUAAUCUUAAGAAAAUAAUUGAAGCUAUAAUGGAAUAUUAUAUAGAAUGUUUAAACCAACAGUUAUCAGGUUAUAUUAAACCUGAUGCAACUAAAAUUGGUGAACAUUGUGAUAAUCAUGAAUUACGCCGUUUAUUACAAUUAAUUCUUGGAUGUGCAGUUAAUUGCAAUCAAAAGCAACAAUAUAUAACAAGAAUUAUGGGAAUGGAAGAAACUGUUCAACAAGCAAUUAUGCAAAGUAUUCAAGAAUUAGAAAGUAAUAUGCAUGGACCAAGACUAAGUUUAGGUACUAGUCUUAAUUUUGAAUCUUUAGAUGUAGCUGAUGGUACUCAACAAAGAUUAUUAACAGAACUUCAAGUAACUGUUGAUAUGAAAGAACAAUUAGCACAAAAAUGUCAUGAACUUGACCAACAACUUUCACUUUUACAAGAAGAAAAAGCAGCAUUAAUGACAGAAAAUAAAAAACUUCAAGAAAGAUUAGAUGAAUUUGAAAAUCCAGAAUCUUGUUCUAUUUUUAGACAUUCUGGUCUCAGAAAACAAGUGGAAGCAUUGAAAGAUGAAUUAUUUAAAGUAGAAACAUCUAGAGAUGAUUAUAGAUUAAAAAUAGAAUUAUUAGAAAAAGAAGUAUUAGAAUUACAAUCUAGACAAGAAGACUUACAAAAAACAGCUGAUGAGGCUAAUAAUCUAAAAGAUGAAAUAGAUGCCUUAAGAGAAACAGCUGAUAAAGUAGCAAAAUAUGAACAAACAAUAGAAUCAUAUAAAAAGAAAAUGGAAGAUUUAAGUGACUUAAGAAGACAAGUUAAAAUAUUAGAAGAUAAGAAUUUAGAAUAUCUACAAUCGAAGAUAGAUUAUGAAGAGGAAUCAAAACGGACUACAAUGCUACGUAAUCAUUUAGAAGUUUGUAAACAACAACUUGCUGAAGCACAUCAUAAAUUAGAUGAACAAACUAAUAAAUGUGAUAAACUUGAAUUUGAAGGGAAAAAAAUGGAAGCUCAAUUAAGCACUUUACAAAGAGAAAGAGAUAGAUUAAUUGUAGAGAGAGAUGCUUUAAGAACAAAUGAGGAAUUAAAAUGUACACAAUUGCAAGCAGCAGAAAAUAUAGCAAAACCUAGCACUGAUAGUACUGUGACAAAUACAGAAAUGAUUCCUCUUGAAAUAAAAGAGGAGCUAUUGUGUUUAAAACAUGAAAAUAAAAUGUUGAAACUUAAACAAAUGGGAAAUGAGGACAAAUUACCAACAGUUCAAGCACUAUUAGAAGAUUCAGAAGAAAGAUUAAAUACACUUAGAGGUAAAAAUCGCAAAGCUAAUCAAAGAAUAAUUGAAUUAGAAAAUAGAUUGGAAGAAGCACUGGGAAAUCAAUCAAGUGGAGAUAAUAAAACUGAUAAUAUUAAUUUAGGACAAAAAAUAACACAAUUGCAAGAUGAAGUGAGAAAAAUACAAUCAGAAAAAGAACGUUUAAUUUUACAAAUUGAAGAACGAGAAAAUGCACUACAAACUCAAAAACAAAAAGUUUUUGCACUUCAAGAAAAAUUAACACGUCGAGAAUACGAUAAUGCUGCACUUGAGGAACGUUAUAAAAAAUAUGUUGAAAAAGCAAAAAGUGUUAUAAAAAGUUUAGAUCCUAAACAAAAUAAUUCAUCUCCUAAUGAAGUAGCUGUUUUAAGAAAUCAAAUUUUAGAGCAGCGUAAAAUUAUGGAAGAUAUGGAACGAUCUCUAAAAGAAUCAAAAUUAAUUAAAGAGAUGGAAGAAAAAUUAAUGAUAUCUGCUUUUUAUCGCUUAGGUUUAACUUGUCAUAGAGAAGCAAUAGAUCAACGUCUUGCAGCUUUAAAUUCAGGUCAGGGUCAAUCUUUUUUAGCAAGACAAAGACAACCAUCUGCUAGACGUCAUCCACCUUAUAAUUCUAAAUAACAACUAAAAAUUAUUUAUAUUCAUUGAUUUUAAUUUGAUUAAAUUUUAAAUUAAUGAAGAAUAAAAGAGAAAAAAAAGAAAUA